CCAUACCCUGGGGCAAGUGCAGCUCGGCGGCAGCAGUCGGGGCGCUCUGCGGAGGAGUGCUGGUGGCCCUCGGCUUCCAAUGCUCCAGCCAGGCAAGGUGACCGCCUCGCUGCUCAUCAGCAACGCCAGAACAGCCUGCGAUGAGGACAUGCUCACGCGAGAGGGGGUCACCUUCUGUGUCAAUGUCACCAGGCAGCAGCCAUUCCCCGGCCUCCAGCAAGUCCGAGGCAUCCGCGUUCCUGUUUUUGACGAUCCGGCAGAAGACUUGUAUAAGUAUUUCGAGCAGUGCAGCGAUGCCAUAGAAGAAGCUGUCCGGAGCGGUGGGAAGUGCUUAGUUUACUGUAAGAACGGCCGCAGCAGAUCAGCUGCUAUUUGCACUGCUUACUUGAUGAGACACCGAAAACUCCCACUCAAGGAUGCCUUUGAGACGGUGAAGGCUGCCAGGCCAGUAGCAGAACCCAAUGCAGGAUUUUGGUCUCAGCUACAGAGAUAUGAAGAAGAUUUGAAAAUAUCAAAGCAGUCUGAUCUGCUGAACAAAUAACUUAACUCACUUUAAAAUAUCUUCAUGAAUUGCUAUUUUAAUGUGGCUUGCUACAGCUAAAUUAGAAAAAAAUAAAUCACUAACACUUCUCUUAUCACCAGUACAUAAAAUGUCUUACUCCCCAGACUGAGUGGAUGGUCCAUUAAAUUCAUUCAGAGCAUUGCUGUUGAAGAAAAAGGGGCAGAUAAACAGGGGAAAACAGCAAAAAACACAAAAUUGUUGAAGGGCUGUAAACAAACAGAUGAAAGACAUGGUAUCUGCAACGUUCCCAAGUAACACUGAAUAUGAAGAUCAUGUAUUGAAUGAAUGAAUGAGUUACUACAUGGGGAUUUUUACACAUAUUUUGGUUUUCAUUAAACUUCCCGGUGAUGUCACUAGAAGAUCCAAUGCAAGACCAAGGAAGCUCUGAAUUGCUCUCUCACCUACAGGAUCUAAUUCGUCUUCAUGAGCUGAAGGCUCUGGUAGGAAGCUGACAAAGGAACUGCUCCGCUUCAGAACUAAAUUUUCCUUACUUUCAACUAGACUAAAGUGCCAUCACAAAUUUACCUAAAAGUCCAGAGGACAGAAUAUUCAGGUGAUGGUAAGGCAUGCAGCUCCCACCUUGCAAGUUAAGUGGCUUUUCUGCUUUUGAAAUUAUUUGCCAAUACACCAAAAGGAUGAUUUUCAGAAGACUAUUUCAUAGUGGAGGGAAGAUGACGACACUGGCAACACAAUAGUAAUUAUCACUCCUUUUAGCUUUAUUUACUAAGUUUAAAAAGAUCUACAAGUGCCCAAAUGCAUGCUUUAAUGGGUCAGCUUACAAGUUAGCUGUUCAGCUGCACUUACAUGCAAGAAACGUAACUAAGCUAUUUUUUCUAAGAGUACUUGCAGGUUGCACUGUGAAAUUAUCUAUUUCAAUAGACAAAGAAGGAAGGCUCAGGAAGAUGCAUGAAGCUUCUAAAGAAGACUACUGCUAUGUUUUGCCAAAAGAUGUUAAAAGCAGAAAGACAUACCAAAGUAUCUUGUUGAACUGUAUUAAAACAUUUAUAAUUUAAGAGGGAAGUUAUGAACACCGAGAGCCUACAGAGUGAAAUUCCACUCCACGUUGCUCACAACAUCAGUAGUAAGGAAAGUCAGUUCAUCUUCAGUGUCUUAAGUGCUUACAUAAGCCAAACAUAUGCUCCCAGUAGUGGAGUAGUUUAAGGCAGAAAUUCUAAAGCUGGAAUCACAACAGAGAAUAAAGCAACUGAUGAAUGAAGCAAUUCAGAUGCAAGAGAAGUUCCCAAAGUAAGAGAUUGCUGGAAGUCAAAAUAGAAUUAUUUUAAAACCUGAAAACUUAGAAAUAAAAAUAAAAAAUCAGGGCUGUCUUCUAGUUACGACAAGGCACAGUCUGACCAAAUACUUUAUCCACUCCCAGCUGUGUUUGGUUCAUUCUUGCGUCAUUUAUCUUUUCUAGCUGCAUUCCAACCAACAAGGAAUUAGUUGCACAUCUGCAGAUACGGAGGCGAAUGGAUGUUUCUAAAGGAUUUUCGAAGGUUUCAUAAAUCUUGACUAUAUACGUAAUAUGUAUUUCAGUGUACCAUGAGAUUUCAAGCCCUGGUACGUAGACUGCAUCUUCAUUAACGGCCAGGAUGCUUCUCAUCAAAAAAUCUGUUUCAGUCAGUCAGUGGAAUAAAGCUUUACUGUCAAAAGCCAAAGCUGCUAAACAUUAAUGAAAAUAUAAUACAUUUCUAACAGUGAGAUAUAUUAACUUGCAGGCAGCUACAGCAUAUGAGUUUCAUAUUUUUUGGUUUUCUGAAAUAGAAAAAGUUGGUCUUGAUUAUCAGGAUGUACCACACUCUGUGAUUCAAUUUGACCAGGCUUCUCAGCACACAGACAAUCUUCAUGCUGCAGGAUUUCAUUCUCUGUAGAAACCUAUUUCCACUUUAAAACCAUUUCCAGGAGGAGGUGCUCAGAUGUAAAUCAUCUCCAAAUUAAGAUGAAAGAUAGCAACUUGGAACUGAAACACUGGAAGUAGUUCACUUUGCUAAUUUAAAUUCAUAACCUACUAACAUUACAAGUGAUGUAAAAAUAGCAGUUUAGACAUACUCUUUGGCACUUGUGAUUGUCUCAGAGUUUUUGGUGUAAAUUUGCUGCUGAAGGGCUGGCUGGCCUGCUGAGUAUCUGUAUUUGCUGGCACUGUAAAUUAAGAAAAAAAGAUAAAAAAUAAUAGGCAUUACACUCACAGCCACAGUUUCAGAUAAUUAGGAAGAUACUCAUUAUGGUCUGUAUCCAACGCAGUGAUAGCACAUGCUUCCCAAAGAUGCAGAAACUAAAAGCCUAUUGUUCUCAUCAGUCUUGUAGUUAAGAGGAAAGAGAUGGGCUCUUCGGCUUGAGGCACAACUGUCUGUCUGGUAGCUAGAAACAAACUCUGAAUUCCUAACUAACGUGUGCCUUUCCUUGUGGCAUUUUAGUCAAGCACCUAAAGCAGAAAAGAAUCUAGACUUUCAUGCCUUUGUGCAAGCUGCAGUUCUUAAUAAAGGAAUCGAGAUGAAGAGAAAGGAAAACAGAACUAUCUUCAGCCUAACCACUUCAUCUGUCAUUCAUCACGUUGAAUGUGUUUUACCUUCAUGGGUUUUACCUAAUUUUUCAAGAUAUUUUAGGGUAUUUGGUACUUUGUAUCAAAGCAUGGUGAGUCAGAUCUAAAGUCCAACAGGGCUGAUAAAAUAUUACCAUAAAACUUCACUGGUUUCAGAUUAGGCAACAGAGUAUCAGAGGAACACUCUCACUUAUUAGGUGAUUUGACAUAACUUUCCUAAGAUUAAAUAUAGUAGCAGUGAUUGUGCUUCUUCCUUCCGUGUUAUGAUACUCUCAGGCUUAGCCAGUACAUCCUCAAAGCUAUUUGAGUUCUUCUGGGUUGACAAGGACCUCUACUAUUUCUGGCAAUUUCAUCCCCCUCUUUGAGUAAAGGACUUUCUGUAUGUAUGAAUAAUUAAAGAUUGGAAAAAAAAAUCCAGGCAAGGUUAAAUAUGUAGGCCAGAAAUCUUGAUUUCUCUGAUUUUUCUCUGAUUUGAUGCACACUAAAACAUUCCACAAGAAACAAGAAGAUAUCAUACAUUUCUAACAAUCAAUUGGAUAUGUUUUGGGAGGAAAAUGCCAUUACAUUUUCUUCAAAUUAAAUGGGGUUUGACUAUUUUAAUCAUAGUGAGUAUCACAGGAGAAUUUAAUUACAAUACACUAUAUUCUUCAAUAUACUUUUCUUUGGGCAAAACAUAGUUUGCUCUUUAACUGCACAUUUUCAUCACAUAGAUGCAUCAUCAGAAUUAUCAAAGACUAGCUAUAGGUGACUGCUGAUUGCAAUUAUCAACAGGUAAAGCAUUUCGGAGUACAAGUAUUCAGUACAGCAUCACCCCCAUCACAAGUCUGUGGCAUACCAGAGUACUGAAUUAAUACGUAGAGUUCCCUGUUUAUAUGGGUGCAGAUUUAAACCAUGGUGAUGGAGAUAAUAGUAUGCAGACAGAAAAUGAUACAUAAUCAACAGCUGCUAUUUUAACUGACAACUUCAAGCUUACCUGUAUUCCAUUUUUUUCUUCCCUUUGCAUGAGCAGGUUAGGAAGAUACCACCAAGCAUAUAAAGAAUAGAUCCAGCCCAGCCUAAGUACAGAGCAUCUCCCAGUUCAUAUCUGAAACAUGAAAGAUUUUAUGGAAACAGCAUAUAACAGGAUCACAAAGCCAUUACUUUAGACUGAGCCAUAAGCUACACAAAACUUCAAAAUAAAUUCCAUUCUGGCAGAAGUCAGCUCACCGAAAGGUACUUCAAGAGGUAACAGAGGAGAACAGAUCUGGUUUCGUGUCUGUUCAGUAAAACUCUUAGGUGCGUAUUCAAGUGCUCUGCCAAAUCGAUGACAGGACAGAAAGUACUGAGCAACAUAAAGACAAGUAGCAAUAAAUAAUUAUGUACAUUCAAUAAACUGUAGAUAAUAAAAGAGAGAAGUUGAAUCUUAAAACAGAAUCCAUAUAAAGCAAUUUGUACGAGUACUUUGAAAGGAAAAGAGGAAAAGUUGUAUGCAUACUCCUUUACAUAUGCUGAAUUCCCUAUCAGUGGUCUGAUUGUUACUCAUCAGCUGCCUUUUCUCCAUCAGAGACCUGCCUCUUCAGUCCCCAGCAGAACGAAGCUACUAAGAGUCAAACCAGCACAAGGCUGCGCAAAAACUGAAAAACCCCAGGACAUAAAUAAAUCUGACUGAAGCAGCCAAGAAAGAAAUUUUGUCAUACUUUCUCAGACCACAAAGAUACACCUGUGUUGUACAUAUAGUCGUUGUUCAUAUAUAAAAAUGUGUUUUCCUCUUUUUGUGAAGCUCCUGCUAGACUUUACCAGGUUCAGUCAGGUCUAAUCUUUGAGUUAAAUUCAUUAUCUGUGAACUUCCUGGACUGGGGAAUUUUCUGGAGUGUCUAGCUCUGUACAGUAAAACUGGGAACUGUUCUUUUUCAUUCUGGGACUGUUCAUAAAUGUAUUUCAGCCACAGAACCACAGAGAAUGUUGAGUAUUCACUAGGAUAUGUAAUUUUGUUAUGAAAUUAUAUAAUAAACAAUCAGCCUUUCCUGGUUUUCCUACUAGAAAGGAACAACUAGUUCUAUACAAACAGCUACUUACAAGCGAUCCAGUAUCAUUUCCAUAUAAAAACAAUUUCUGUGGUUAGCUAUUCCUCAUGAAACAGACCCUAAGUAAGUAAUCUUUCAGUUUCACAAAAUAACUUCAAUGGCAAUGCCAAUAUAAGGACAAAAUAAGUGUCAUGGACUAUGCAGAACAUAUACCGAAAUCGGAUUGUUUAUAUCCUUUCUAUUUGAAAAUAUAAAGUCACUAUGUAACAGUGUCAAUGCUUCUAACUCCAGAACUAGCUGGUAUCAGCUAGGUUUCUAAGGUUUACACACAUUCACUGCUCUCUGUGUUCCCAUCGUACACUGGAGCCCCAAGUAGAGCUCACAUCCCCGUUGUUUUAGGCAGUAUGCAGACAGAACCGAGAGAUAAUCAUUACCUUUAAAAAAAAAAAUUGCUGGAGGAAUACUAAGGAACAAUCAGAGAGCAUUGACUAGUACAUGCAAUGGUCUCUGCUGACUAGUUGCCUGAAGACAGGAAUGCUGUAGACAUCAUACCAAAGGGAAAUAAAAUAGGAUGGAUCCAUGGAGGAUUUAGGUUCCCUUCAUAGUUGUAUGACAAAUUCCUCUAAGAAUUAAUAGAGGUUAAUAUUACUAAUUUGCUUCAGUCAUAGAAAAAAAAAAAAAAAAAAAUAAAAGUAAACUGAAAAACAGAUUUCCCAGUUUCUUAAGACCGAAGAUCUAUACUGGCCUGCAAUUGAAAUUAAACCCUUCUCACAGAGUCCAAGGAGGACAAACUUCCUUAAAAGAACAGAGCAUGUCCAGCUUUACCAAUGAUCAAAGUUAUUUCACCAAGGACUGCUUAGUAAACUGAUAGUCUUAGGCAUGAAGUUUAGAAACAAAAAAAGAAAAAAUCUUUAGCUACUGAAUACAAACAAUCUAGUAACUGAUUAACACAUACUGAUGUUGGAGCCCAACAGCUAUAAACAACUAUAAAACUCGCUAGCUAUUCUACAAAAUGCAAUUCCUUAUCAUCAGUCGUUUCAAUCCUCUAACGUAUUUAUUACUCUUCAGAUAAUUCUCUCAAGGGGACAUAAAACAAAAAAGUCUUAUAAGUGCAAUUUCUUUCUCAGUGCUUGUUUGGAUACGCAAGGAAAACUUACAAAUAUCCAAGCAAUUGCGGGAAGUACUUUGAUUCAUAACAAAGCACUUCACUUCUGACUUCCCUGAACCAAUCCUCAAGGGGAAACCUGUAAACCACUUCAAAUAUGAUCCUAGGAAAUAAAGCUUUAUAGCUUACUGAGCUAAAAACUAUAUACUUGGUAAAGGUGCUGGCAAAUUAUAAACCUUCCCUCUUCCUCAACCCACCUCUCUCAUGUUCCGCAGACAACGUGUUAUUUGUUUCACUCACCCUUCUUCCCUCUUUGAAGGAGACACCCCGUCACCUCUCUCUACCCUUGCUCUUCAUUGAUAAAUCCAUUUGCCAAGAUAAGCUAUCCUAAACGGGCGUUUAGUUUUGAAGAUUGUUGCUUCUAUAUCAGAUAAGAAUAAGGGUUUUUAUGCCUCGAAACUAGGCUGUGCGAAACCAUGAGCUGAUAGUCCACAAACUUUGCGUCAUUUUAAUUCAUAAGGCAAUCCAACAUUGAGCUGUUAUUAUAUGGGGGAGGGGGAUUGACUUCUUUAAGACAAGCAGGAAACCUCAGUGGUAUUCUUUAUCUACCUGCAGGUCUCUAGCAGUCAGUUCAGGCUGUUUUCUGUACUUCUGUCACAUUUGCUUGUGAGACUCAAUUAAGUCUACAUCUCAGUGCUAAGAAAAAUAAAAGGUAGAAGUCUUAAUUUUCUUUGUCAUUUAGACAAAAUAUAUCCAUGGCUAUUUGUAUAUCUGAGGCAUUUGAACAUCUUACACUAUUCCCAAAAGGGAGCAGCAGCACAGGUUAAAACAUGAAAAUACAGGUUUGAAAAGUGAACAAGAAGAUAGUAAAGGCUGUUGGUACUGUGGCCGUCCCAGAAGCAGGCAUCAGCAUUUGAACAAAGAGCAAUGAAUGAUGGAGAGCACAGACACAGAUCCUGAAGGACAUGAAAGAGAACAAAUGCAGCAUAUAUUUGAUGCCAAUGAAGGCAUAGCCAUGAAAAAUAUAUAUAUAUAUAUUUGAAGUGACAGCCAGGAACAAUCCUGCUUCCAGCACUCAUAACCAAUAGUAGCAUAGGAAACUAUAUUUGUCAAGGGUACAUAAUUAGCAAUUUCUGCAGUUAACAUACAUGGUAAAGACUGGAAUAUGAUGAGAAAUACAUGAGCCUUAGCUUGUGAUCAUCUAACCCUUAUGUGGAAGUCUAAAGGGAAGAUGCCUAGCUUCUUAAAGCAGUUCACCAGGUCCCAUCUGAAGUUGCAAUAAACACAGUCAAGAAGUCUGUUGCUCUACUCACCACAGUUGACAUGCAGGUGAAUAACUCAGAUUGUUUGCCUAAACCUCAGAUAGUUAAACUAAGGUGAAAUGAAUGCUUUUCUUAAAAACAACUGGGAGGUAAGGAUGUAGCAGAAGUGCCAUGAACAUAAUGUCCAAGAUUAUGAGCCAGUAUGACAGAAUAGUGAUGCUGUACACAGAGAGGACAAAAGAGAUGUAUUUGUUUUUUGCACUGUACCUGAGGAUUAAGAACAGUCUUUUUUCCACAAAUUGAAUUGGAGGGAAAAAAAAAAAAAGCCAUUAGGAAAAGAGAUUUCGUAUUAGCAUAAGAAGGCUCUGAAAAAGGACAGUAGAUCUACCAUUGUUUACCAAAUCUGUAUUCCACUGUUCUCUGUAAUAUCAGAAUACCUUCACAGGGCAAAGAGAUAAUCAGGGGGCCAAGAGAGGCUCAGACAAAGAUACAAGCAAGAAGAAAGGAAUCACUUUGAAUCAAGCACAACAGCAGAUCAAAAAGUCUUGCUGGGAACUUCAUCACUAUUAAAUUCAGUUCUGGGUUUUGCAAACUGAAGAAGAUCAUGAGUUGCCAGUACAAGGGAGCACUCUGUGCCAACAGCCCAAUACAAAUUUGGGGUUGACACUCCCCACACAUUCACUAAACCUUCCAGGGAGACCUCUCCUCCCUCCCCACCAACAGCGAACAGCUCUGAGGUGAAAAAUUUUCCUGACAACAAAUGUUUCCUUCUGCAGGGCUGCAUAUCAGGAUCCAGGUUCUGCAACACUGGAGCAGCUGAGGUUAGUCCUGCCAUUUUAGACAUGCUGGAGUUUGGUGUGACAGAUCUAUUAACUUACUUGGUUCCAGCGUACAGUGGGUCAAAAAACUGAGCAGUAAUCAUUGCAGCAUACCAAGAAACAGCCACCAUCGAAGAGAGACCUACCAGAAAAAGUUUUAAAAGCACACACUUGAGUGAGUCCUUCAAUGUCUGUAACAGCUUUAAACCAAGAGUAAGUUUUCAUUUCAUUUAGUCUAAUUGUGAAAGGAAUGCAAAGUACUGACAGCAUUCUCAUUUCAGCUUCAAUAUUACCUCCUAAAAUAAAGAGAAAUCCUCCUGUGACAGCAAACUUCAUUUUUCCAUCUUCAUCACUUAGCCCAAUGUUUGUGCAUUUUAAACCAAGAAGCGAGAGCACUGCAGCUAUAAAUCCCAAAAGGAUGGAAACAAUCAUCAAGGCACGGCAUGCCUGAAUGUGGACUGAGAGAGAAAAAGAGAAAGCACAUAAGGAUUUAUACGGAAACUAAAUUAAGCCUAUACUGCCAAAGUAUAAAAGAUAGAAACAGUGACAAAAUUACCAGAAGAAAUAAUGAAUCUUGUCCAACCUUAACUGAGGAUUUUAUUUCACAAUCUAGAAAGCUCAACUUUCUGCUGUCUUUAUCUUAAAAAUCAGUUUACUGAACAAGUCAGUUAAUUUUAUUAAUCAAUAUUAAUUGUAAGAAAUUAUCCUAAGCCCUGACAUUGGAGGAAACACAUAUGACACCUUAAAAGGAAAAGAAAUAUAUACAUAAGAAGCAUCUAGUAGCUGACUAAUUGAUUUAUCAAAUGUUUCAUCUAGCUGUGACUAUGUAUAGUUAGCGCUAUACAUCUAAUCGCGGUGUAAAUCUUCUGCAAUACUGCUUUAGAAAAGGUCCCCAGUUCAAACAUUUGUGACCUGGGCUAAUGGUGUGCUGAAUUCAAAAACUUUAAAUCUGUUUCAAAAAAAAAAUAAGUCCGGUAUUUCCCAUACACAAAGCACAAGAACAGACAUAUACAACAGAGCCCAGCUGCCAAUAAGGAAGCCUUUACAGUAAAUCUUUAUGGUCCUUCUGUUGAGACAUCACCCCAUGAACAAAGACACCUUUUUUUUUUUUUUUUUUAAUCUGGCAUCUUAUGCUAUAAUAGUUUCAGAUAAGUUUCUAAGCAGCAAUUUGAUACACACCUAAAUUAACCAUGAUAAUUUCACUCUGCCUUAGCUCGUAUAUCUGUGAGCGCUACAGGCAUUUCUUGGAGGUCCCACUAUUUGCUUAGCUCUCACUGAUAACAGCCCGACUCUCUUCCUCUUUCCUGGUUUGCCUAGCUGUCCCCUCGACUUUUCCUACAGUUCUGUGUCUUCUAACUUAUUUAUUUUUCAGUUGUCCUUUUACAAAACCUUUUCUUCUCAAUUCUUCUUCUCGGUUCUGCAAGCUGCUUUUUCCCUUCCCCUUUCCUCUGUCUGCACCCUUCAAGCUUACUGACAUCUCCUUGACAGAGUAACCGAUCUCCUCUUCAGUUGAUCACAUCUAAUCUCCACAAACUCACUUUCCGAGCCUGGCCUGUUAAUUCACUUUCUGUCUGCCCCCAUUUUUCCUUCCUGCUAACUCCAUGUUGUUAUCAGCAAUUCUCCAGAAGCAUUCCUGUUGUCUGCCUUCCUUUCUCUUUUGCUUUACCACCUCCACUCCUGCCUCCCUCAGAUGGCUUUAAAACCCACUUUUUUCACCAGCAGCUCCCGACCUGAUGUGGCCCUGCUGCCCACACCUACUCAGGGAGCAGCAGUACAACAUUCUCAGGGAGGCAGCACCUGUGUAAAUACCUCAGUGGCAAGAUGCUGUGCGGUGUCUUGGACAGUAAGUUAAGAACCGACCCGUUAAGGGGGCUAUAAACGAACCAAAUGCAUAUUUGCACAAGCACCCUGCAGAGGAAAAAAAUCUCAUCCUGCUGGUGAAGAUGCUAAGGAGUUUAUGUAGGGUAUCUGUUAUGGUCCUGUUAAUACACACAUGCAUUUUAAAACCAACUGUCAGGUAACAACUUGCUAGGAAGAUCGUUAGAUAACUGUUAGAAUAACGAACAGAUUAUUCUCCCAGUAUGGACACAGAGAGCUUCACAGCAUUGCCGGGCUAGUUCCAGAGCUGGUCAGUGUCAGCAAUUUAGUUCAGACUGAGAAAGAGAAUCCAGUCCUCCUUGCCACUAAUGCUGUGUUAGACAUUCUUCAGAUUAGGAAGGAUUUCUAAUGAGUUUAGCCACCUCCUGGUGUAGAUCUAACAAAUUAGGAAGACAUGUUUUAUCCGGGAUAAGUCUGAAGUAUUCAAGAGUAAUAACAACUAGCUUUACUACCUAUAAACAUGCUUACUAUCCGCAGACUACUGCCUUAAUGAACAUCUGAGGACAUGCCACAAUUCUGGUGCAGACCUGAAUUUCCCGAUAUUUAGAACCACAUCGAACAGGACAUUAGUUAGUAACUUCUGACAGGUAAGUUAAAACAUAUACUCACUGUAUUUGUUCCAUUGUAUACAAUUUUCAGUCUCAACAUGGAAAAAACAGUACUCACUUCUUAGGUAAGAAAUAGUUUUUAUAGCCCCUUUAUGAAAAAACUCCAGAUAACAUUGGCUAUGAACUACUGCAAAAGAAUGCCCAUACAAUAAUUCCAUACAAAUAUGGAAUUCCCACAAGAUGUGUUAAAAAUUACUUCUAUUAAUCCUUCCCAUGCAAUGCUAGAAAAGAGAUUACAGUAUAUUUAAAAUACCCACCAAAUUAAAUGUUCCAUCAAGCGGCUUCAUUUGCCUUGUUUUAGAGCCCUUCCUAACGUGUUGCACACAUUAUGUCAUUUGAAGAUUUUUAUAACUUCAACCUACAAAGUCUGUCUUGGCCAGAAAGUCAACGUUAUUUUCCAGUACUAUCAGAUCACACAACCAAAAAACUUGCUAUUUUUUCCCCCAAAAUUCUUAAGCAAUAUAAACAAGACUGCACAAAGUCACAUACCAGGCAGAGCAAACAUAGAGUCAAAUACCCUGCAGUUGGAUACUCCAGUGCUGUCUUCUGCACAGCUCCUCCAGAGGUUUUCAUACAAUGUAGAUGUUGUGAUCACACUGCCAUGUAUACUGGAGACUUUCCAAUAAUUAUGCGGCAAAGUAGCUCCAAUAAUUGCCCAUCCACCCAAACACAAAAGAAAACCAACAAUUUCCAGUGCAGCAGACAUGCUUGUGAAUAGUAACAGUUAAGUAUCCCUAUAAUUAGAUUAUCAUCAAGUGAACUAUUUCAGAAGCCUCCUUGCUGUUUUACGUCUGGGUUUCACUCCAAAAUGAGGCUACCUUUGCUCUUUGCUCAACCCCAGAGAUAAGGCUUACAGUCUACGACAAUAAGAAGUGGGAGUAGUUCAUGAUAAAUAUAUUACUAUUAAAAAAAACUCUACCAGCAAUAUUAAUUACUUUUCUAGUGAGAAGUGCCAAACUGAGCCUAAUCUUGCUCUCAGGCUAGACAAUCCAGCCAGUAUCCCUAGAAAAUAUUUUGCAAGAGUGAUGAUAUUGGCAAAUAUUUUCUCUCUUUCCUUCUCUGCAAUCAACUAAGGUGCACACAUGACUAAAUUUGCUUGUAAUUUUGUUAAUGAUCUCAAAUUAAAAAAAAAAAAAAAAAAAAAAAAGCUUAAUUGUGUUAUUUUCUUGAUGACAUAGAGCUUGAAAACAGGAACCUUUUUUCUGUUGCUAGAAAAUUUAGCUCAUUUUUGGAAUUAUGGUCGUAAGUGAUGCACAGCAACUGUACUGCCAGCUUCUUUCAGGAAUGUUAAGUCUGUGGAUGAAUGGUUUUCAUUAAUAUUUCACAGUCCAUUGAUCCAUAGUUACACAGUGCUAAACAGUCCACCUGACACAGGAAUACAACUGUGAUAACGUGCAUUCCUUAGAAAUGAAAUAUAAGGGAAAGAACAAGCUAUUGUGACAGAACUAUCUCAAAAGGAGUACAAUGAUGAAGCAAAAUAGCUAUAUGAGAAUAAUACACAGCAGUUGAUUGUAUCUGUUUGUCAGAUUAUUAUAGCAUU